CAGGUAUUUGGGAAUGAAGAUAUUGUUGGUUGAUUUAGUUCUCUUGCUUUCUUGUUUUCAUUUAGUUAGGUGCAAUAAUACGCGUUCAGACAACUUAUUGCCUGGACAAAUCCUUUCCUUUUCUGCAGCAGAUACUUUAGUGUCCAAACAAGGGAAGUUUGAACUCGGUUUCUUCUGUCCAGGUAAUUGUGAAAAGCUUUUUAUUGGUAUAUGGUAUACAAACAUAAAGCCCAAGACCGUGGUUUGGAUAGCAAAUAGGGACAACCCUAUCCGCCCUCCGUUCAAUAAUUCUCAUCUAGAGCUGUCUGAUGGAAAUCUAGGAAUCUUUAAUGCACGUAAACAGAGAGUUUGGGACUCUAAUUUAUCCACAGCAGAUGUCAAUAGGGCAGUACUUCUUGAUUCUGGAAAUUUCAUUUUGACAAAUGGCAUUGAAAUACAGUGGCAGAGCUUUGAUUAUCCUACCGAUACAUGGCUGCCUGGUGCGAGGAUUGGAUUUGAUAAGUCCAAGAACACACUCCAGAAACUUACUUCUUGGACGAAUACGAAUGAUACCGCUUCAGGACACUUCUCUUUGCAAUUAGACCCUAAUCAAAAUGGUGAGUUAGUCAUACUACGUAACCUUGUGGAAAUGUGGAGCUGGGUGCCUUUGAAUCUCGUGAAAGUAUCCAAAUCAUAG